GGUAGCGUUUCCCGGAGCACCAGGGGGCGGGGGCUGGCUGGCUGGGCUGGCCGGGAGGGUAGCCAGGAGCUCGGUCCCGGCUGGCAGAGAUGCAGUGAGGCCCAGUCUCGGGCUGCUUGACCAUGCUGAGCGGAACGCGCGGCCGGCUAGCCUCAGAACUGCGGAGAACAUGCACGCAGCCGUCCGCAGUCGCUCGUAGGUGCCUGCACGCGUCGGGCUCGCGGCCUUCGGCCGACCAGAACAAGAGGACGGAGAAGACGCCCCGUACCUUCGAUCCCGCGCUCCUGGAGUUCCUGGUGUGCCCGCUUUCCAAGAAGCCGCUCAGAUAUGAAGCAUCAACAAAUGAAUUGAUUAAUGAAGAAUUGGGAAUAGCUUAUCCAAUCAUUGAUGGGAUUCCUAAUAUGAUACCGCAGGCAGCUAGGAUGACGCAUCAAAGUAAGAAGCAAGAAGAACUGGAGCAGCGCUAGUUCAUAAUUAAAAAAAAUAAAAAAAACCCAACAGCUGACUUUUCUUAAUACCGUAUACCUUUUAAAACAUAGUGGAGGGUAAUAAUUGGAAGAGAAGAAUGUUUAUGUCUCUUCCUACGUUGACUGUUCUUAUUCCACUGGUUUCUUUAGCAGGACUGUUCUACUCGGCCUCUGUGGAAGAAAACUUCCCACAGGGCUGCACUAGCACAGCCAGCCUUUGCUUUUACAGUUUGCUCUUGCCUAUUUCCAUACCAGUGUAUGUAUUCUUCCACCUUUGGACUUGGAUGGGUAUUAAACUCUUCAGGCAUAAUUGAUGUAACUAGUGUCAAUAUGCUAUAUUUAUUAAUAAUAGCUCUUGGGCAUCUAUCUCUGAAAGCUCAACUGGAUGGAAGUUUGCAGGAAAGAGGCUUUGCUUUGUGUAUAUCAGGCUUAGGACUGUGGGAGACUUAAGUUGCAGAUGCUUCUUUUGUUGUACUCUUGCUCUGCCCUUGUGUUUUGCAGGCUCUGACUUAUAACUGCUGUAUCAGAGAAAACAUUUUGACAGUGUCUUGUUGGAGAUGAACAUCCCCAAUUGUCAUGUCAUGAGUAUUUCUUAUUCUGUUCAUCUAAAAGUUACUGAAAUUUUGUUUUGCUUGUUUGUUAAGUUUAAGGUCUUUGGUAAAGUCACAUGUUAGGAAUGACUGAAAUAAUUCUAAAGGAGUGAUGUUGAAAUACUCUCUCUAAGGGAGACAAAUGCAUUUGAACAAGUGUGAUAUAAAACCAUAUCAUCAAAUAGAAAUUUCAGGUACUUAACAGAAAUUAAGUUUGUAAAAUUACCUUCAUUUCUUUGACAUUAACUGCUUAUAUUAGCAAUAAAGAUGUUGACACUUUACCAUAAAAGAUGAAAUAAACCAGUUUGCAGUAGUCA